UUUGCUUCGCAUCAUGUUGGGAAAUGUGUUUGAGUAAGAUGGAUGCUAUACGUGGAUUGAUUUGUGCAGUAAUCGUAAUAAAUUGCUUUACAUAUGCGUUUGGUUUUAAAUAAUAUUUUAAGUGCCUGAGAAAAGCGUUCUUUGACAAUGUCGUACCGAGAUUUAAGGAACUUUACAGAAAUGAUGAGAUCUCUUGGAUAUACUCGACUGAUUUCCAUGGAGAACUUCCGGAAUCCCAAUUUCCAAUUAGUAGCUGAAAUUUUAAUAUGGAUAGUGAAGCGGUUUGAUCCUGAUGCAGACAUUCCAUCAGAGAUUGAUACUGAACAAGAUAGGGUCAUCCUUGUUAAGUCAGCUGCACAGUUUAUGGUGAGUGGAAUACUUGUGCAGUUGUUGGAAGUGAUAACAUUGUGGAAUUGGUGACCAUGUCUCUAGGUG